CAACCAUUGAGUAAUUCAGUGUUCAAGUGACAAUUUAGCUGUUCAAUUGUUCAAAGCCCCGAAUUUUCACCGUAUUUCUCUCUUUCUCAGUUAGCGUUUUGCCAGCAAACGAUCCGCACAUACUUCAAAAUGAAUAAAAUCAGUUUAGCGUUGUGUUUCACCGUUGUUAUCAUUUCGGUGUUCGGCAGUGAGGCGAGUCCAGUGAUGCGGACUGAUGAUCAAAAGUAUGUGAAUUGCGUUGAGGCGAUGCAGAAGAAAUGUGAAAAAUUGCAUGUUCCAUAUGAGGUGUUGAUUCAAGGACCAGCUGGAAGCCGUUUCGUUCGUAGCUUGUUGACCGAAGACUCAAUCGCCCUGAAAGCAACCAAUCCAAAGAAACGCUCCUCCGUUAGCAUCUUCAAACCGGAUGAAAAUAAGGACAACAAAGAAGUCACACCAGAAGAGAGUGCACCUGCUGCUGACGCCGAUAAAGCUAAAGAAACCGAAGUGUUCGCUGGAACUGAUGUUGCUAAGAAAGACGUGAAAGUCACCGAAGAAAUAAAGAUUGUCGAUGAAGUCAAGGCUGAUGAAAUGACACCAAAAGCAGAUGAGAAGACAAAGCGUGAGGUCGACAACAAAGAAGAUGGAAAGAGCAGCGACAGUGAACAAGCCAAAGAUGAAGCAGCUGAAGAGCCGAAGAUCGGUGAAUCAAUUGAAACGCCAAAGGAAGCCGAAUCAGCUGACAAACCAAAAGACAAAGAAGCAACCGAAGCAGCCAGCGGAGCUGAAAUGGACAAUGCCGAGAAGAAAUUGAAGAAACGCGAUGCCGAAACUUCUGAAAUCCAAGAAGCUCUGGAUGAAGCCACCAAGGAAAGCGGAGCAGAUGCAGUCAAUUCCAACGGUGACACCAAGGCAGACACUGAUGUUGCACCAACGACAGAGCCAUCAGUCGGUCUCGCUUUGCCAAUUGUUCCACCAAUUCUGGGCUUGUUGCCUUUGCAAUUGGGCGCACUUAACUUGGACGUACUGAAGACCAACAUGAAAUUGGGAAAAGGUGUUUUGAUCGACGCAAAACUUGCCCCAUUGAGAGCAAAAAUCGCAGCGAUCGGUGCUCAUACUAAAGCUAAGCUAGCACUUUUGCCACUCGCAAAACUUCCACUUAUUUAAAUCAAUCCAAAAUAAGACUCUAUUGUUCGAAUUUGUUUUUGUUAUUUAUUUAUUUAUUAUUUUUCGUUCAAAUGAAUUGUUCCGUUAGAGUCGUACAGUUAGCUAUGCUGUAAGAAUUCAGUUGUUCACUUUAUCCAAAAUGUUUAAAACUUAAGUAGGCAUGAACAAUGAAUAAAACAAAAAAAUACAUCGAGAAAAAAA